CGCCGAAUGUUGCUUGAGAUCUUUACCUUCCGAUCGACAUUCCCUGGACCAAUUUACAUCCGCCCCACUAUAUUUAAGACCUAUAAAAGGGUUCUGCGACGCAGGGCAGACAUCAAACUCACCCAAACCAACCAAGCAAGCACAACCAACAUGGCCUUCAAGCUGAUCACCUCCCUUCUCCUGGUCGCCGCUCCCUUGAGCCUGGCGCAGUACGGAGGCUACCACGCGGCCGCCCCCGCCCUGGCCGCCUACGACGACCAUCACGGACCUGCCGAGUACGCCUUUGAGUACGCCGUGCACGACGACCACACCAAGGAUAUUCACUCACACAAGGAGUCCCGCAAGGGUGACCGCACCGAAGGCGAAUACAGCUUGGUCGAGCCUGACGGCACCAUCCGCACUGUCAAGUACCAUGUCGACGGCAAGAGCGGCUUCAUUGCCGAGGUCAUCCGCUCCGGACACGCCAUCCACGCGGCGCCUGUGGUCGCCAAGCCCGUCUAUGUUGCCAAGCCCAUCGUGGCCGCUUACAAGCCCAUUGUGGCCGCCUACAAGCCCGUCGUGGCCGCCCCAGUCUACGCUGCCUCCCCCGCCACCAGCUAUGUGCAGAGCCAUGCCACAGGCUACAGCAACCAGUACAACAGCCGCCACUACUAAGUUUCUCUCCACGGAGGAAUUCUUAAUUUUUGUGAUAUAGCAUGCACUCAUCCCUGUUGACCAUCUUACAUCAUCAUCACACUUUUUAAUGUACAAAUAAUGCUUAUUACAAAUCAAAAUAAACUUUUUAUAUGAAAAAUAA